AUUAAGUCCAUUCCACACACAUAGUACACAUGGUCCCAUAUAUGGUGAUGGCCCAUGCAUUUAUUGUAUGUAUGUAUGUUUAUGUAUGUAUGUACAUGCAAUUAGAACAGAAUAUUUCAUUUAUUUAUUGAAGCAUACAUAUAGACAAGUCCAUGCUUCGACUUUCUUCAAAGGGUCUUAGUCAUGCCCAUCUACCUCCCAGAUUCAAAGCUAAAUUUAUCACAUCAAGACUUGCUAUAAUUUGAAAAGGCAGACUGUGUUCUCAUGACAAUAUUUCUUUAAAGAUUGAUGAAUUCAACAACUGAUGUCAGUUAGUUUCUGGUGUUCAAAAAGCUUGGAAAGAUUAAUCAGGAAAGAUGAUGGAAGAUGGUGAUUGCGAUUGUUCAGAUAUGAACGAUCACUUUUGUUGCAGGAAACUCGAGGAUGAUGAUGAUGAUGAAGGGAACAAGGCAAAGUCAAGUGAGAGCUCAGGGAAUAACAGUGUGGUGGAUCAAGUAGAGGGUGAGAAGAUGGAUGCAUCUACUCGAGUAAGGCAAUAUGUUAGAUCCAAGAUGCCUCGAUUGAGAUGGACUCCAGAACUUCAUCUCAUAUUCGUGCGAGCUGUGGAGCGACUCGGUGGUCAAGAAAGAGCAACUCCUAAACUGGUGUUACAGCUAAUGAACAUGAAGGGUUUGAGCAUUGCUCAUGUGAAAAGCCAUCUACAGAUGUAUCGGAGCAAGAAGAUCGAUGAUCAGGGCCAAGUAAUAAACGAGGGAGAUCACUACUACACUGGGAGAAACAGUCAUCAUGUUCAAAGUUUAUGGCAGCUUCCCAUGUUUCGUCCAAGAUUAGUUAGGCCUAAUCCAAUUCCAAGCAGUUAUGGGGCAAGCAUGGCAGAUCGUGGCUUAGUCAACGGCCAUGGAAGUUACUGUACUAACAAGAUUUUGAACUCAUCCAUGGUGGAACAAGAUUACAAGAUUGCCCACCAUGAGAUGCAACAAUGGGUAAUGAAACAAGCUUUAUGCAACAUGACUAGGUCAACUCUAGUAGAUCACCAACUCGUCAAAAGUCAAAGAUUUGACAACCCAAUUGAAACAAAGAAGAGAAAAGCAGUAGACAAUGGUCUUGAUUUGAAUCUAUCAUUAAGUAUGAAGCUAAGAUCACGAGAAGAAGAAGAAGAUUAUGCAGAUGAAGAAGUAGAUAGCUCUUUAUGUCUCUCGUUAAUUCCUUCUUCUCCGAAGAAGGAAAAGCUGUUUAGAGAUCCACAUGGGUCAUCGAGGUUUAGCAAAUGUGCAAAGAGUCCAAGAUUAAUGGCGAGUACUCUAGAUCUGACUAUAUGAAUUCGAGAAUUCUAGUGAGAUCUUGCUGGUACUCGCUUAUUUUUAGGGUUUGUAAGGUUUUAUUUGACGGAUAUUAAUUAUUAAUGUUCUUCACAAGCACUUAAUUAUUAGUAUAUUAGUUCGUAAUUGACUUUCAUGAA